AUGAACCCCCAACAGACACAGCUGGCCGCCGGAGCAGGGGACAGGCCCGAUACUGAGUCGCGCCCCGGCGUGCCCCUGGCUUUGCGAUACCGAAAACUGACCGUCUAUCUCCUCAUAUUCUAUGUGCCCCUACUGGUGAUCCCUUGGGUUCUCACCUGUGUCAUGUCAGGGUCUCCUGCCCCCAACGGCAACAGUGGGCAGCGUUACUUCCCCCAAUAUGGUCUGGCGGCUCACGGGGUGUAUUCGAUGCUUAGCUGGGUGGCCGCGAUACGGACCCUCAAUUCCAUUGCCAGUGUUGCCACAAUCCCGGUCACUUCGACGCUUUUGGCACAGGCAGCCGUGGUGUACACGCAAAAGCGCAAGGCCCUGCAACGGCUGACCCUGCGACAACUGUUCGCCCUAGCCGAUCGCCGCUGGUCCGAUGUGACCGCCGUCCUUGAAGCCGCGCGCACGGCGGGGAGGGGGAUUGGGAGCCCCUUCCUGUGGCUGGGCAUGGGGUUAAUAGCCCUAAGUGCCGUGCAACAUCCCCUGCAGCAGCUCUUGGUGUCGUGGGAAUCUAUCCCGGUGAUGACCUGUCUGGACAACCCCACCGGGGCGUGCGGAUCGAUGACACCGGUUGUGGUAGGUUACGAUCCUGAGCCGGCCGAUUUGGCCACUAUCCACCAAAAUCGGGUGGUGCAGGAGGUGAUGUCCAGCCUGGCCACAUUCAACAUGCUUGAUCUUGAAACCCACCUGUGGCCCGACCCGUCGUAUUUAGAUGACCACGUUGCCGUGAUAACUGACCCCACGUGGCGACAGACGCUGCGAUACUGGGCCAUGGGUGAGACCACUUCAGGAGACGAUGUCAUGAAUCACACGCCCAACUUCUUCGUUACGGCUCUGCAAAAUGCGACAGGCACUGGGGUCCUUCGCGAGCAUGCCCUGCGCUUCAAUUCAUCCGCGUGGUGUGACAAGAUCCCCCGGGCCAAGUUUCCAGAACCGUGUCCGGGAAAACGCCCCUUUUACCGGUCUUUGUCUAAAAGCCCGUUCCUGGACAUCCGAGUGUGCGCCCCGGGAGAGUAUGGAGUACAUCCCUGGUCAUUGAGCCGGAAUCGACAGGAGAUUGGGGAGGACCUCUACCUGGACGUGGUCGAUGGACGAAUAAACACCCCGGACCCCGUGGCGAAUUUCACACUCCAUUGCAGGACGUCCACAACGAGGGGCUAUUUUGAGCUUGGAAAUCACAUGAACUCUCAGAUCUAUGGACCUCUCUUAGGCGAAUGGCCAGAUCCAGAUACCAUGGCCAGAGAGUUCAACGACGAACUCAAUCUGCAGGCGGGCAAGGGUGGCGGGCCUCCAACGGAAAGUGACGAGACACACGGCUACCAUCGCUACAGCUUGAACAUGUGGAACACCGAGCCUGCCGACCCAUACGGCACGUACAUGUUGAACACGUCCGGUCCGCUCAUGACGACGGCCAUUGCCCUCUUCGGCAACCAGUCCUUCUUCGAAAUGGCAGCCAACGCCUCCGAUAAGACCUUCCCACCAGCCGCGCAGCAAAUCUGCCAACAGGGCCGCCUUCCCUUCUCCAACCUGGGCAUAACGGUAUUCAAUGACUUCCAAAGGAUGUGCGGGUCCCUCAUCUCCGGCGUCUUCGGGUCCCCGAUUGGCGGGGAACCGGACGAAGUGCUCACAUCCCUGAUUGGGAACUGGGUGUCCUCCUUCAACGAUACCACUGCGGCCGAAUUGGGCCUCAUCGCAGGCAUGUACCUUUCCAACCGGGCGAUGUUGACCCAGACGGUGACAGCGUCGUCUACCUUUUCCGCUCGCAAGAUCCAUUUCGGCGCUGGGAUGCUGGUGCCCUUUCCGGUGAAGACGCUCGCGGGGACAGCGGUGGUUAGUAUUUUUAUAUUCUUGCAGCUGGUAGGCCUAGCAUAUGUCACAUACUAUAUUUAUCAGUUACCCACGUGGACUGCCGCACUAGAUGCGGUGGCGAUUGCGCGGAUUGGCGUUGGAUUGAGGCAUAAUGAGCUCCCGCCGCUAGGAGAUGGAGAGGAGGUGGUGGGAGCGAUGUUGAACAAGGUUGAUGGGUGGAUUGGACUGGAUGCUGGUGAGGCUCGACUGACACUGGGUGGCCCUGGCGUGAUUACUCGGAGACAUGCAACAAAAAAGGUGAAGGAGUGA